UAUGUCUGAAUUUUUACCAACGAUUCCAUCAGUAAGAUCAUUUCUUAAGAUAAUUAGAGAAGAGUUUCUAUAUAAGAAAAAAGAGGACAGACUAGAUAUAAGGAAGAGCGUAUUAAGAUAUGAAAAAUAUUGGAUACCAUUGCUUAAAAAGGUUGAAAUAGAUUUAGAACCACCUGAUGAUGUUCGAUUAAUAUGGUUUUGCCGUUUGCUCGAUUCCUGGGGACAAGAACAGACAGAUGAAACAAAGGAAAAUCCAGGUUAUAAAUUUAAGGAUAAUGAAUAUGACACAUGGUUUGCUCAGAGACGCACAAAGUUUCUUUGGGAGAAAGAGUAUCCAGAAGAAAUUUAUGACAGUAGAAAAUCGACUGAAAAGAAGUCAAAUGGAGCUUUGAAUAGGGAGGAAUGCAAGAUUAGGAAAAUAUUCGAUCUUUUGGAAUUUUUAGCUUAUCAGACAGAAUUGCAGCAUUACGGUGAUAUUCGAUUUAUAUCUGAUUCCUUCAAAAGAUAUCAUGAUUAUAUGGAAGGGUUGAUUAGCAAUUCGGAUGACUGCAUAACUUUGAAUACUGCACCAACUUUUGAUGUUUUUCUUAUCUGGCUUGUACAUGCCAUUAAUCCAUGCCAUCUUGUGCAUGCCGUUAAACAUUGUCUAUCAUCUUCUUGGUCCUUGUUUAACGAUCCUAUACCAGGUACGUCAUUCAGGGGUUAUAAGUAUAACUUUGAAUUAGAAAGUUAUGAAAAGUUACCAACAGUUGGAGAUACAGCUAAAAUUUAUUAUGUUCAAUUCAAAAGUUUACUAUUAGAGAAGUGCUGGACAAGAACCAAAAAAUAUGGCAUAGAUAUCAAACUAUUUGGUACAAGUAUUCUAGAGCAAAGAAAGUUCAACAGAAUUAAAGUUAAACUUGGAAAAGUAGAGUUAUUAUAUGGUUUUAAAGUUAUCUUUCAUUCAAAAUACCAUAGGGGUUUUGAAGUUGAAGUGAAAACUUGGAAAAGAUCUGGUUUAAUUAAAAAGUCCAUAAGCGUUGCAAACAUGUUUUUUAAUCCAUUAACCUCAACAGGAUGUAAACUAGAUCUAGGAAAAUCCUCUCACGAAAUACGCUUACCAAAAAUGUCUAGUUGUGAUCCGGAUGUGACACUAAUCUAUGAUUUGGAGAAUCAUGAGGAUGCAGGUUCCCAAUUUCUAUUGUUUCGCGAACCAUAUUUUAUAUGUUCAGAGAGAAAUUUACCAUGGCAAAUAAUAUAUAUAUUGAGAAAGUUACCAAGUUGGAAACUAUUUGAAAAUAUGAAUAUUGGAGCUUCGAAACAAUUCUACCUCGCUAAACACAGUUAA